AAAUAAAAAGUGAACAGUUUUUUAAAAAGACUCGUCCCUGGGAAGGCUCGAACUUCCAACCUCUCGAUUAACAGUCGAACGCGCUAACCAAUUGCGCCACAGAGACUUGUUACUGGUUGAUUUCGUAACCCCCGCCAUAUUUAUUACUAUUGACUAUGCUCUCGCAAAUUGAUGGUUAAACCCCACCGAGAGAGUCCGUCGCGAUUACAACUUCAAUUCGAAAAGAACAGAGACCAGGUUCAGCCAACAUCCUCCACGGCGGGGACCCGAUAUAUCAGCUGGACCUUACCACAGACAUUCUGGAGCCAAACCAACGCUGGUGUCCAAUUCGACACAGUUAUGCGGCCGAGGAACAGCCCAAGGAUAGGAUGCUAACCUAGCUAUCCUAGAUCCAAGCUCCUUCGCGAUCUUGCCGCGACCCCACAGCAAAGUGCUACAAAGACGUCUUCCCAACCCAAAUCAAUGAGCCAAUAAACGACUCCACUUGCUUUGGGUGGGGAAUAAUAUCUCUCUAUGAUAUUGUGGCUGGCUGGUUCAUUUGGUGAGCUACAUAGCCAGAUACUUGUACAACCUGCUGAAACAUCAUCCCCAAAUACUCUUUGAGGCACUCUGGUUUAUUAAACAAUAAAAUUCAUGACUUGAGACCACCUGGCUCCUCGUCGGCACCUCAGCGAAUUUCGGUCUAAGUCAUGUUUGACUUGGGCUGCUUCUCUGCCUCUAUGGGAUCGUGGAUUGUUCGGAGAAUACAGAGUAAAGAUUCUUUGCUUGGCAGAGCGGGGAGUGAUGAGGGGUACUUGGAUGUCAUCUUAAUCCAUGUGGCGAAUUUGGUUUUGAGGAAUGCGGAAACGCCCCAAAACAAAGGAUCUAAUGACAAUGGGGGAGCUGAGGGCUGCUGGAGCUCGAUGGCCUCAGGAAUGGAGUGCGGCGGUGCAGUUUGCUUCGCUCUGCCACCUGUUUUUCCAGAUUGCAGAUUCUUUGUUAGCUUGAUCGAUAGCACCCUUUGGCCUCCUGAUUCAGUCCACGGGUAGAUAGCUUCUUAAAGGGGCGAUCCUAGCGGUUAGCUAGUUUGAUAUUGGUGCAGACCUCACUCACCCCAGCAUCGUUCCCGAGCUAUUUUCCACCCCGCCAUCAAUUUUUAACCAGCUGGUUCACCACACAACUAUAUAAGCAUUACUCCACCCCCAUAUUUUCUAGACUCUCAGUUAUUCUCAUUCUAGUUUCUACCUAAACCCCGCAAACCAAACAAGCAAACAAGCAGAUAGAUUGAACAAACAAUGGACUUCAUCAACAAAAUCGCUCGCUCCCAGGACCAGCAGAAAGAGAAAUCAUCCGCAACAGACCACAAGAAACAAGGGGCCGGAGGAUUCCUCUCCGGAUUUGGUGACAAGCUCAACAGCGCUGCUGGCGGCGGCAGGGAGAGCGAGAAGAAUGAAGAUAUGCUCGAUAAGAGCAUCGACUUCGUCCAGGAACGCUUCCUGGGCCAGGGCCCGCAGGACAACGAGAGCGCGUUAGAGCAGGCUAAGGAUGAGAAGAUUUCAGACUUCAUCCGUGACCAGUAUAAGAACAGGACUGGAAAGGAUUUCCCCAUCAAAGAUAAGAAGACGCGAUUCGGCUGAAAAGUGAUGGGAUUUCCUCCCCUGCAUCUAGGCGGUUAGGUGGUGUGGGAGGCAGGAAUACGCAUACAUCCUGGGGGGUUGUGGGGUGAAUAAGAUCUUUUUUUUUUUUUUUUUUUUUUUCAAUGUGAAAUGAUGAUGGGUAUGAAUGAGAUAUAUUCUAUGCAUGCAUGAUGUCUGAUAUAUAUGUAUCUAUAUAUGUAUCUGGGUGAACAGAACAUGAAAAUAGAAGAAAGAUAUCUAUAUAACGAACAUCUUCACCUCUCCCAUGACUAUGUAUUGAUGAGUGAGCUUGGUUUUUGUCAGGGAUCCUUGGAUGGAUAUUUAUUCCCGGAUAGUAAUACAUAGCUAUAUAUCAAGACGGACUAGGGCCGUAGGUGCUGCGCAAAUUAUGCUGAAACUACAGACCAUUUGCGGGCUGCACAGAAUCCACCUAUCCUAGGAAUUAGAGUGAGCCAGGUAUCAAGAGGAUUUCCAUAAUUAUUCAGUCUCUAGUGAUGAGGUUAAAAUAGCACACUGUCACUAGGAGCAUAAAACAAGUUCAGUUGUGUGACAGGAAAAUCCAGGCAAGCAAACAACAGAUCC